GACGGGCGGAAGGAGUUCGCUUGUCUCACAGGAAGGAGGCUCGAUUCGAAAGUAGUGUUAAGUUUCAUGGUUUCAUCUGUUGAAUGUCUGGACCGACUCAACUUGUGUCUCCUGCUCCGGGGAAGAGUCGCAGCUCGACCGCGGCGCAGCCAUGCCGCUUUAACAUGGACGAAUAACACUAACCGGGAGCGGAGCGGCAGGUAGAUUCAAGUGUUUAUAUUUAUGUGCAGCAGGUGACAGCAGAGCGGCGAGAUGGCCAUUGCUCAUGUGGCUACAGAGUACGUGUUCAGCGAUUUUCUACUGAAGGAUCCGAACCAGGCUCGAUACCGCAGCGUCCGCACUGAGCUGGCCGUGGACAAGAUGGUGACCUGUGUGGCAGUGGGCUUGCCCCUCCUCCUCAUCUCUCUGGCCUUUGCACAAGAAGUGUCUGUCGGUACUCAGAUCAGUUGUUUCGCUCCCACUAACUUCUCCUGGAGGCAGGCUGCUUAUGUCGACUCGUACUGCUGGGCAGCUGUACAUACACACACUCUACCUCUGUGGCUUCACAAGUUCUUCCCCUACAUCCUGUUGUUGGUGGCAGUGCUGAUGUACACACCGGCUUUGUUCUGGAGAUUUUCCGCCGCUCCACUCCUGCAGUCUGACCUCGGCUUCAUCAUGGAGGAGUUGGACCGCUGCUACAACCGCGCUGUCACUCUGGCCAAGCGCAUGGCCUCCUCAGGACUGCUCUCAGCAGACAGCGAUCCUACCGAUGGCUGUUUUAAUUACCCGCUGGUGGAGAAGUUCCUGAUGACGAAGCGCUGCUCGCGUGGGAUGCUGUUCUACUACCUGUCGUGUCGCGGCCUGACCUUCGUCACCCUGGUGUGUGCCUGCGUGUACCUGGCUUACUACCUCCGCCUGGCCUCCGUCACGGACGAGUUUGGAUGCAUGCUCCGCGUGGGCCUGCUCGCCUCGGACCCCGGCAUCCCUGAAAAGGUGCAGUGUAAGCUUGUCGCCGUGGGAGUCUUCUCUUUGCUCAGCCUCGUCAACUUGGUCGUGUUCAUCUCACUGAUUCCCGUGGUGAUCUAUGCCGGUCUCCGGCCCCUCCUCUGCCAUGGUUAUGCCCGAUUCCUGGAAACCUAUCAGUCACUCCCCACAGUGAGCGUCCUGCCCGCCCCCGGAGGUCAGUGGGACGACCUCUCUCUGUACCUGCUCUUCCUGGAGGAAAACAUCAGCGAACUGAAGUCCUACAAAUACAUCAAGGUGUUGGAGCUGCUGAGGAGACGAGAUGAAUGUUCUGGAGAAAACUUUGAUGCCAUGGGUCUGCUGCAGACUCUCUGUCUGGUGAAGAUGGACAGUGUUGAUGCAAUUAAACCCACUGGUGCUGCAGGGAAACAGGAUCCAGUAAAACUUAAUGCAGCCGACUCUGCGAGCAGCUCCACGGCAACCAGCGCUGGGACGGCUGUGAACAACUGCAACCGUCUGAAGAUAGAAACUGAGAUGAAAGAGCUUACUCCAUUGCUGCCAGGAAACAGCGAUGUAACCGGCACUAAAAACAUAGAGGGAGGCAAUCUCCGGCAGCGAGCAAUGUGAUCGGCUGCUGACUCGUCAACGAGACCUGGACAACAGAGUUUCUUGGUGGCAAGUAACUUAACCACUGUCCUGUGGUGCAUGUACAACUCAUGACCUUCCUGUCCUUAUGGAGGGAUUAAAAAAAUGAGAUGGGACAACACAGCACAGUCAUGGCUAUCAUCAACAAGUGCACCUCAUCUUCCAGUCAUUCAUCAACAUGGAUCUGGCACACAAGGAUGUUUUUAGUCUCACUUCCUUUGAAUGAGGUCAUCGUUUGAGAAGCAGAAUAAAAAGGAGGAAGUGAGCACUGGGUGAUAUUAGGUUAUUAAAGCUCAUAUUGGUACAGUUUUUCAAGUUCCCCUUUUUAACCUUUCAUACACAGUAUAUAUAUAUAUAUACAUUUGACAACUGAUUAAUAAAACACUAUACUGUAGUUGUACCUAGACACUUUUUCCCUUUUUGGGGGAGUUUUAUGAAUAUACUCAUCUUGUUUAUACACAAUAUGUUUUAUAUUAUUAUAACAGAUAAUAUUAUCAUUAUUUGCUCAUUCUCCAGCCUCACUUAUUGAUGUCAUUGAGGACUAAUAGUUGUUCAGAUAUACAUAAAUUAACACUUAUACCUGCUAACAAAUACUUUGUUUGGAUAAUAACCCAUUCAUCAAAUGUCCAUAUCCUGCUUAUGAAUGCUUAAUAGGGGAACUUAAAGUAAAGUGUUACCGAAUCAUGUAAUGUUUUCAAACCAUAUAAGUCUAGUACACAUUGAUUUCUGAAUUAAAACACUAUUGAUGUGUUGUCAGGAUGUGAUUAAUAUUUACAUGUUUAUAUCUGACGUUUUUUAAAUGAUUUGCUUUUGGCGCACAACCCAUGUGUUUAAUUGUGAUAGAGAGUGAGUUUGUUAUGUACUUCUCAUAUGUCAAAAUGCUUCACAUGUCGUAAAAAAAGAAGUAUGUUUAGUGUGCAGUAGAUGUUGCUGCUGUGCAAGAGUUUGCUGCCAAAACACAAAGAUGUGGUGGUGGGUGUAGUCGGAAGAGAGUCCCACAUUUGCAAACAGUACAUUUGAGAAAACAACUGACGGAAAGUCAAUUGUGACUUUUUUAACCGACUUUUAUUGUCCAGCCCUUAAUUUACAAAAGUUUUAUAUACAACUGACACCAUGUGACAAUUUCCGCUUCAAUUCAAGUUGAGGGUGAGACUGUGAUAGUUGCAGUAAGAAGAGAGGAGUUAUUUAUUUGCGCUGCCUUUGUGGGGAAUGUACUUUUUUUUUUAAAAUAGUCAAUUCCAUUUCAAAGCAAAGUUAUGGUUGUAAAGGAAAAUUCCACACAGUAGGGAAUUCAUUUGUUAUAUUGUUAUAUUUGUUAUAUCAUCUGGAAAAUGACAUGAGAAGGGAGCUGAAACACGAAGCCCUGAUCAUGGAUGUCAGAGCACUGGUAUUUUAAUAGUGCUCUCUGUUUUUGGACUCACUAAUUUGGACUAUCCUUAUCAUAAAAAUGACAUUAAUUCCUAAAUUGUUUGGCGUUCCCCUUUAGAGCUGGAUGCAUUUCCUUAAUGUGGAUUGGAAAGUUUUCUCAUGUGCAUAUGAUGUUGUUUUACAUGUCAAGCUGCAGUCAACAGUGUAAAUGAAUGCAGGAAGCCUUCAUUCGUCUCUUUUUCAACAGAAAUGGUUUACAUUAAUGGAUGUUUAUCAAAGACAUAAGUGAUCUAGGACGAAAAGGUGAGUCAUAGCUAUUAACUAAAGUAAUUUAAUUUAAAUUUUUAUAUGUUUUUAUGUCUCAACCGGGACUUGAAUACUUGCCUGGGAAUCUCAGGGAUAAAAACAUCUCACUCAUGACUGUCAAUGUUUUCUUCAGCCAUCUUGCAGCAUCGUUUUAACAUACUCUAAUGAAACUGAAACUUUUGAGAUGAGAUCUCACCUUUAUUAUACAAACAUACACUUCAGUUAUUUUGUUUGUUUUUUCGUAUGAUGGCUUUAUGUUAUUUGGGAUACCAUGUCUGUGCACUUUAUUAAUGUAAAGUGUUGGAAUUAAACGAAUGCUUGUUGUUUUGUUGUGAUAUGGGGGAAAAACUUUCUGGAGUUAGUUUUCUGCAAAUUACGUUUUGUUGUUUGGUAAUUGGUUCAUGUUUCAGAUGUAAUUUUGACUGUUAAUUUUUUUGACAGAUUGUCUGCAGUCUGAAAAAUAAACGUAGUGAACUUUA